AUGCAGGCCUUAGGCUGCUGCUGCUGCUGCUUAGUGCUCUCCUUCCUUCUAUUCUCAUCAUUCUCUUCAGCGCUAUCCAAUAAAGAAGUCAAUAUCAUUGCUCGUCGCCAACUCUUAAGUUUGCAUCCUCACGGUGGUGAUUUACCUGAUGACUAUGAGUUUCAUGUUGAUUUGAAUUGUACAUUUCCUAAUUCUAGGCUUAGACGUGCCUACAUUGCACUCCAUGCAUGGAAAAAUGCAAUCUACUCAGACCCUUUGAACACCACAGGGAAUUGGGUUGGUCCCAAUGUUUGUGAUUACAAUGGUGUAUUUUGUGCUACGUCUCUUGAUGAACCAAAAGAAACUGUUGUGGCUGGCAUCGAUAUGAACCAAGCUGAUAUUGCUGGGUACCUUCCGGCGGAGUUGGGUUUAUUGACAGAAAUUGCUUUGUUCCACAUCAAUUCCAACAGGUUUUGUGGGAUUGUUCCUGAGAGUUUCAAUAGACUUACGCUUCUCCACGAGCUUGAUAUCAGCAACAACCGGUUUGUAGGUCCAUUCCCUAAGGUUGUUCUUUCAAUUCCAAAUUUAAAGUACCUUGAUGUUAGGUACAAUGACUUUGAGGGAGAGUUGCCUCAUGGGCUCUUCGACAAGGAAUUUGAUGCUCUAUUCUUGAACAAUAAUCGGUUCACAUCCACAAUUCCUGAUAAUUUCGGAAACUCUCCUGCCUCAGUUAUUGUAGUCGCCAAUAAUCAUUUCAAGGGCUGCAUUCCAAGUAGUAUUGGAAAAAUGGCUAGCACAUUGAACGAGAUUAUAUUCUUGAACAAUGAUUUUUCAGGAUGUUUGCCUGCUGAUAUUGGAUUGCUUGGAAAUGUGUCGGUGUUGGACAUUGGUUCCAACAAAUUCAGUGGAAUCUUACCAAAGACAUUCGAAGAGCUUUCCGAGGUUGAAGAGUUGGACAUUUCGGGCAACAUGUUGACAGGGUUUGUGUCCGAGAGCAUUUGCCGAUUGCCUAAAUUGGUGAACUUCACAUUCUCCUACAAUUACUUCAAUGGUGAGGCCCCAGAAUGUGAGCCUCAAUCCAGUAAGGACAUUGCUUAUGAUGAUACAAGCAAUUGCUUACCAGAUAGGCCAAAACAAAAGUCAUCGAAAGUUUGUGCUUCUGUGGUGAACCGACCGGUUAAUUGCAGCAAGGCCAAGUGUGGAGCCUCAUCACCACCUUCUACACCAAAACCAUCUCCUCCCAAAGCAUCACCACCACCACCAGUCCAUUCUCCACCACCGCCACCAGUCUAUUCUCCUCCCCCUCCUAUUCACUCCCCACCACCACCACCACCACCAGUCCAUUCUCCACCGCCGCCACCCGUCUAUUCUCCUCCCCCUCCUGUUCACUCCCCACCACCACCAGUACAUUCCCCACCACCACCACCACCACCGCCGCCAGUACAUUCCCCACCACCACCACAACCACCAGCUCACUCACCUCCACCACCGGUAUAUUCCCCUCCACCUCCAGUUCACUCUCCACCACCACCUCCACCUCCAGUAUACUCACCUCCACCACCAGUUCACUCUCCACCUCCACCAUCACAAGCUUCGUCUCCUGCACCAUCUCCUGAUCCUUAUGAUAAUUCACCCAUUAUCAGGGAACGACCUCCACCUCCCCCAUCUCCCUCACCACCCCCACCUGUGAAAUCACCACCACCAGUCCACUCUCCUCCACCGCCAGUACAUUCCCCACCACCACCACCAUCACCAGCUCACUCACCUCCACCACCGGUAUAUUCCCCUCCACCUCUAGUUCACUCUCCACCUCCACCUCCACCUCCACCUCCAGUAUACUCACCUCCACCACCAGUUCACUCUCCACCUCCACCACCACAAGAACGACCUCCACCUCCCCCAUCUCCCUCACCACCCCCACCUGUGAAAUCACCACCACCAGUCCACUCUCCUCCACCACUAGUUCAUUCCCCUCCACCUCCAGUCCACUCUCCUCCGCCACCAGUACAUUCCCCACCACCUCCAGUCCAUUCUCCUCCACCAGUACAUUCACCACCACCCCUAGUUCACUCACCACCACCACCAGUACAUUCCCCCCCGCCCCCAGUCCAUUCACCGUCGCCACCAGUAAAAUCACCACCACCCCCAGUUCACUCACCACCUCCCCCAGCACACUCACCGCCACCACCAGUUUUCUCACCCCCACCACCAGAGUUGGCUCUUCCCCCAACGACCGGCUUUGAAUACAGUUCACCACCUCCACCUCUAUACCAAGGCUACAAUAAAUAG